CCGCCUCGCUGACACCUCUUUCCAACUUGCCAGUGAAUCUUGGCCGACGCCGGAACUGACACGCUGAAGCGAGCACAGCGACCCCACUGUUGAUCAACAAGUCGCGCGUGCUGCGCGUGACCUCGAGCCGGACCAGUCGAUCCAGAAGAGAGGCGCUGCAGCAGGUCGCAGGAGGGGCGACGAGAAGGACUCGCGAGAGAUGCACUUGUGUACAAGGCACCGCAACAACUCACGGCGGAUCGUGUAGCAGAACUGGAUCGACAAGAGAUGGUGUCACAUCACCCUCCCCCAUACUCAGACACCGGUCGUGUUCCGCCUCCUCCAGCAUCGAUAGCAGCUGCACCACGAGCGUCCUCGGUCACGUCAGGCCGCUCACACACACGCCGACAUCGACAUGCGCGAUCGCAUCAUGGUGGGGGAACUCAUCUUCCACAGAACGAGUUCCCGGUAUUCGCACACACUGGCGAUGUAGAGAUCAUCAUCAGCAGUGCGAAUGGGAGGAAAGUGAACAGAUAUCUGCUGCAUCGCUUGAUCCUGAGUCAAGGAUCUGGUUUCUUCGAGGCCGGCAUGAGAGCAGAAUGGAGCGGCCGGAUGAUAGAAGGCGGUCCAGUGACAGGUGGGGGACUUGCACGAAUAAAUGAGAACGAAAGCGUUACGGCAGGCAGCAGUUCGAGGGCAAGCAGCCAAGAACGGAGACCAUCUUUCGAGCAAGGCAGGAAACGUUGGAAAUACGAGCUGGACUGGAAUGCUACGAGUGAUGAAGACUUGCCUCCGAUGCUUGUUCAAAGAGAUCCUGGACCAGGUUCACUCUUCGGCGGGGACGCUCCGCCUGCGGUCCGCAACAAACCGCCCACGAGCAAUGACAAGUUCUUUCGCAGCGUCUCCAACUUCUCGUCACUGAACUUGACCGAUCGGGACCAGCCUAGUGAGCCAGCAGAGCCUGGGGACGAGGUACUGAAGGAUUACGACAAUCUAUUCCGCGCCAUGUAUCAGUAUCCUCCGAUUCUGGACACAGUGAACAUUGCCACAGCAUAUACCGAAUGUAAGGCCUUCUUGCAUCUGGCCGACAUGUACGAUGCGCUGGAAAUUGCCGGAUCGCGGGUUGAUCACCACCUGUUGCGCUUUGGGGCCAGGCUUUUCAAGCAGAUCGCCAAGUAUCCGCCCUCUUAUCUUAAACUCGGAUAUCUUGCUCGAUCUCGCACGAUCUUUACUGAGGCUCUCAUUCAUGUGGUCGGACAGUGGCCAAUUGCAGCCCCACAGCUCCGAGGACAGGUCGACUCGAAUGUUAUGGAACUGCUAGAAGAUAAGGUGGACGAGCUGAACGAGAUUGAGGAGCGGGUGGAAUCAAAGCUUUGGCGGGUCAAUCUUACGACAAGCAGAGGCGAGAGGGUGACUCCAAGCAACGACUUCCUGAGCUGGCUUGCUGUCUCACUGUUCAGGCAGUGGUUCGCUGAGAAUACCACCCCCGCUCCGACUGGCAUACUCAAAGACACCUCGAGACCUGCUUCGAGCACAAAUGGCGCGGUCAGCAGGACUAGCCACCACGCGGCUUCUCGGCGCACACAACCAGCUCCGCAACAGUCUCCACCACCAAUCAAUUUCGGAAGAGUGUAUCGCCAGAUUGGCUCUUCAGAUUCCGCUGCUUACCUCACACGAGAUGAUUUGAAACGAUUCCUCAAAAGUCCUGCUGCACAAGUGGGAGCCGACUUUUACAAUCGCGACAAUCUACGACGAUUUGAGCGCCGAGUGGAAGAGGUCAAGAACCUUGCUCGGGAUGUCGUGAAGCCACUGAUGCGGAACUUCUUGGAGCUCGAUUUGCGAGACUUUGGGCCAGCAGGACUGGGCUAUUUGACGUGUACGAGAGUUGAGACGAGAGAUUUGCCUUGGGAUGAGUAAUUCAUGUGAACGGGACACGGGACAGGCGGUGCUGGUGCUGGUUGUUUGAGCGUGCGAGAUACCCCUUGUUAAUGUGUUGAAGCGUGUAUGAAGAUGUAUGACAAACAUGAACAAAUAUGUGCUUGCCUCGAGUUGCAAGCUACAUAAUUUCUGCCACCAAA